AGUAACUGUCUGUGUUUUGUUAUAUAGCACUAGACGGCUAAACACGAAUCCGAAGCUGUCGCCAAGGGCCAGCACAAAACCGGAUCAACACUGCACUACCGUCACGAUUAACAUUGUUAUCAGCACUUGUUCACAAGUAUAGCAUGUAUUAUAUUGUACUUCACCACAAGCACUGAGAGCACUCACUUUGGACUUGUGAUCGUGUGUGUGUCUAAUUGUGUGUGUUACUACUGUGCUUAUUAUUUACGGGACUGCAACCCUUUUGAUUACUGUGCAAUACACAUUGUUGUGUAUUGCCAGUGCAUUAUUAUUUGCUGGCUGGUCAUCAGACCAUUGGAUUAAAAAUCAUUCAAUUAACCGUUUCACCCGUACUUUGUUGACUGUUUGUUCUUGGGAUUACUGCAUCCGCACCACACCUGCUAUACACCUGCUACUAAUUACCACUUUGCCACAGAGCUCCAGAGCCGCAACAGUCCCAAUCGACCGAGGGAGAGCCUCACCAGUCCCCAGCAAACGAGAGAGAGCCCGCACCAGUCCCCAGUGAUAUAGGGAGACUACCCGCUGCUCCCAUGUCCGCCGCCAGGGAGAGACUACCCAUUGCUCCUGCCUCCACUGCCAGGGGGAGACUACCCGCUGCUCCUGUCUCCAUCGCCAGGGGGAGACUACAUGCUGCUCCCACCUCCGACGCUAGAGGGAGACUACCUGCUGUUCACACGUCCACCGCGAGAGGGAGACCACCUGUUGCUCCUGCCUCCACCACCAGAGGAGCUGAAACUACCUCCCGAGGGUCAGCUCCUGCCAUGUCCUGCAACGCCUAGGGCUGCCGAGCCUGCAGCGCUUAGGGCUGAUAAGGCAGCAAUGCCUGUGGAUGCCAGUUCGCCAUCGCCUGGGGAUGCCUGCACAACACCGACCGGGGAUGCCUGGUUGUCAUCACCUGGGGCUUUGUUGUGUCCGCCAGCAGUAGUUUCACUGCCGGAGUGUCCCACGUUGAGGGCAACAUUAACGCUGCCAGUGCCACCAUCACUGAGUCCACAGCCGUUUCCAGAGUGCGCUGCACCACUGUCAGCAUUGCCACUGCCAGGAUUGCCCUGGCUGGAGGAGCCAGUCUUGCCUCGGCCAGCAUUGUCGCUGACAACAUUGCCGGCUGUGGGCCCAUUAAUACCCCCGUUCCUGGCCCAGGAGGGGGAGGUGGCCUUUGCAGCCAUGUGUGCUGCACACAAGCGGGGAGAUGUGUGGUGGGGUACACCCGUCACUGCUGCUGAUCAUGGAAAGUUUGGCCAGUGCAAACACCAGCUUCGCCCUGGACCUCUUUAAGAAGCUCAGUAAUGACAGAAAAGCAGAUAACAUCUUCUACUCCCCCCUGAGCAUCUCCUCCGCUCUGGCCAUGGUGUAUCUGGGGGCUCGGGGGAACACAGCCUCUGAGAUGGCACAGGUGCUUCAUUUUAGCAAACCGAAAGGAGAUGGGGCUGCUGCUGGAAUGCAACAGAAAAUGCAAAUGCAAAUGCCUAGCUGUUUUCAGUCCGUCUCCCUUAACAAAUCUAAGGAUGAUGUGCACUCUGGAUUCAGCACGCUGAUCUCUGACAUCAACAAACAGGGCGCUCCCUAUAAAUUGUGUUUGGCUAAUCGUCUGUAUGGAGAGAAAUCAUUCAACUUUGUCAAGGAAUUCAUUCAGGACACCAAGAAGUUCUACCAGGCUGAGCUGGAAGCUGUUGAUUUUGUAACUGCAUCAGAAGCAGCCAGACAGAACAUCAACUCCUGGGUGCAGAGCCAGACACAAGACAAAAUCAAGAACUUGUUGGCUAAAGGAACUGUUGAUGCUCUGACCAGACUUGUCCUGGUGAAUGCCAUCUAUUUCAAAGGAAACUGGGGGAAGAAGUUCAGCAAGAGUGAGACAAGAGAAAGGGCUUUCCGACUGAGCAAGAAUGUAACGAAGCCUGUGCAGAUGAUGCAACAGAAAGCCAAGUUUAACCUCACAUUAAUUCCUGAAGUGAACAGUCAGAUUAUAGAGCUCCCAUAUGUUGGCAAUGAGCUGAGCAUGCUUAUCAUCUUACCUAUGGGCAUUGAAGACGAUUCCACUGGACUGGAGAAGAUUGAAAGGGAGCUCACCUUUGAAAAUCUCAUGAAGUGGACUAAGCCAGAAAUGAUGGACAACACUGAGGUGACCGUGACCCUGCCAAAGUUCAAGCUGGAGGAGACCUAUGACCUCAACUCGGUUCUGAUCAGCUUGGGCAUGGUAGAUGCCUUUGAUGUUGGCAAGUCUGAUUUCUCUGGCAUGUCGUCCAAUAAUGAGCUGGUGCUGUCGAAGGUGGUGCACAAGUCCUUUGUGGAGGUGAAUGAGGAGGGCACAGAGGCAGCAGGUGCCACUGGGGCCAUCGUGAUGCUGACCAGUGUGAGGAUCCCUGUACACUUCAAUGCUGACCACCCAUUCCUGUUCUUCAUUAGGCACAACAAAACCCGCAACAUCCUCUUCUAUGGCAGGUUCAGCUCUCCUUAAGUCUGCACUUCUGUAGAGUUGGUCAGCCUUAUAUACAAGUGAUCUGAUUUUUGCCUUCCAGCCUUAUAUCUUAUCACACAAUAUAUAAAAUCCAUAUUGAGGUGUUCUUUAGAAGGAAAGGGUAUUUAAAACGCUUCGCUGAGUUGCAUAGCUCCUUUUUGUUUAUUUCUUACAAAACUACUGCAGUGUUUAGGGAUGAUGGAGCGACAUUUUACUGGACUGUAUAACUCUGUUUUAUAAGCACAGUAUGUAAUCUUCACUAGUUCUGCUCACAGUUGUAAUAAACAAGGCUUUAAACAUGCAUUAAAUUCUUA